CCCGGCACAACACCACCAACCCCUGGCACAACAACACCACACCCUGGCACAACAACACCACACCCUGGCACAACAACACCACACCCCGGCACAACACCACCACCCCCUGGCACAACAAUACCACAUGAAACAACUGUAAUUACAUCGUCAACAGAAGAAGUAUCAACAACACCGCAUUCUACCCAAGAGACAACAACGACCCAGGUUUCUACAACAGUUUCUACAUUCCCUGAAUGUUAUGAAAUGCCAAAUGCUUACGAUUAUCGAGGCUCGGUACAUACCACAACCAGCGGUUUUACAUGUCAAGACUGGGCAUCACAGACACCGCAUUCGCAUUCAUACACUCCAGAAAGUUAUCCAGAUGACGGUUUGCUUAACAACAACAACUGCCGUAACCCCGAUCAGGAUGACACCGCAUGGUGUUAUACGACAGAUCCAAACAGAAGGUGGGAAUUUUGCGAUGUUGGCA